GAGGAAGAUAUUUCUCUCUCGUGUCUAUACUUACCAGUGACAGACUCGCGGCGAAAACGGCAGCACGCAGUGUUAAGAGGCCAGUAACAACACCAAGAUGCUGGCGUCUGAGUACACCAACGUGUUGGUGGCGGUCGUCAUGGUCACCUCCUUUCUGUACGAGUUCAGUCACCGGUUUCGUCUGUACCUGAAAUUUAUGUUAUACUACACAAUGGUGAUGGUGACUUCGGUGUUGUGUAUUCCCUUGAUCAUCUGGCGGCCGGGCGACGUGAGGAACACCCUAAUUGCAACAUUUCCCCUGCGAGCCUUAAACCUCCUCCUUGGUCUAGAGUGGGAGGUGCACGGCCAAGAACACAUUACAGUAGAUCGUCCUGCUAUUGUUGUUGCAAACCACCAGAGCUCCGUUGACUUCUUAGGAAUGGUGUACAUGUGGCCUAUGUUUUACAAGAUUACUGCUAUUGCCAAGAAGGAGCUGUUCUAUGCCAUGCCUUUUGGCUUGACGGCCUGGUUGUGCGGCACUAGGUUCAUUGACCGUAGAAACCCAGACAAGGCCAAGGCAUCCAUGAAUGCAGCAUUAGAAUAUGUGAAGGAAAAUAGUGUGAAACUCUGGGUUUUCCCUGAAGGAACACGAAGUAUGGGGGAUGAAAUGUUGCCGUUCAAGAAAGGUGCCUUUCAUUUGGCAAUUGAAGGACAAUUGCCAAUUCUACCAAUUGUGUACUCUUCAUAUAGAGGGUUCCUUAAUCACCCUUGCAAGAUAUUUAACCCAGGUCACAUAAUUGUUACUUGCUUGCCACCAAUUUCUACAAAGGGCUUAACUAAAGAAGAUAUGCCAAGACUAAUGGAAGAUGUCAGAGCUCAAAUGAUGGAGGUUUAUAGAAAAACUUCUGCACAAGUGCAUCAUCCUAGGCCUUUGUCAGAGGAAGUGAAGAAACAGAGGUAAGCCUGGGAGAAUUUAUUAGAUUAAACCCUUAAUGUCCCCCUUUAUGUGUGUCUCCUCUCUGCCUCCCCAUAUUAAGUACACAUAACUGGCAGACCUCAGUGUGGUGGCUGUGCUUGAAAUAAAUCCUGUGAACAUUAUGUCAAAUUGGACUAAUGAGUUCAGUUCUUAUUUAUUACUUUUAUAAGGUGAAUGUUACCAUGGGUUUUUAGGAUGUUAUUGUCAUAAAUGAAGAUGUUCUUAAAAGAUGCUUAGACACUCCUAUAAUUGAUAUACUUAAGUAUAUCCCUGCAAAAACCCAGUUUCAUGUGACUCCAUGUAAGUGAGGUACCACUGAAAACAUGAUGUAGCUUAUAAAUUGGUGUGCUUAAAGUGAUAGGCUGUAUAAAAGUAAUAUCUGUUUACUUUAGCAGUUAAGAUGUAAAAGAGCUGGCAGAUGGACCAAAGAUAGAGGGUUGGUGCCAUGCUUGGUUUCAAAGUAUAGUGCUUACCUUUCUGCUAUAUUAAAACAGCAGGAGCACUACAGAACCAAGAAAUUGAGCAGACACUGGGCAAGUGAUGUUGUGUCAUUACUUUAAUUAUUAUGAAAACAAAUACUUGUCACCUGCUUUGACCUGUGACUACCCUACUUCAUUUAUUUUGUUUGUUUCUGUUAUAUAGAAAUACUCAAGAAUAUUACUAUGCAGUCCUGAAUUUCCAUGGUGUUUACUAGUACAUAAGAAGUUGUAUGUACACUGUAUUUGUAGAUGUGUGUGUGUGUGUGUGUGUGUGUGUGUGUGUGUGUGUGUGUGUGUGUGUGUGUGUGUGUGUGUGUGUGAUAUUUAUUGAUCAUUCUGUCUGUUUAUCUGUUUGACAAAAUAUCUACUUGUAUAUCCAUCUUUCUCUUUAUUAACUAUCAUCAGUUGUGUAUUCAUAACAGUUAUCAUCAUUUGUGUGUAUAUACAUUAUAGUUAAAACCUGCUGGGUGAAUUAUAAAUUCAUGAUAUCAAAAUAAAAAAGUAUAUAUAUAUAUAUUUAACAAUAAGCAUUGCAUCACAUCAUGAAGUAACUGAAGCAUCGUUGACAGCACACUGCCAUGUGUGUAAUGAUUUAUCAGUUUACCAUUCUCUUUUACCUGAAUGGAAGAAUGUUGACAUUAUUCAGAAUGUUGAAUUGGCCUGCAGAUUGUCUUGAUGCAGCUUGGGGACAGGGAAACCCAUCACAGAUAUAUUUCUGUUUGAUUAUCACUCAACACAAUGGCUUGUUUAAGCCACCAUUAUUGAAAAGAGCCAUCACAAAAAAAAAAAAAAUGAAAAAAAAGAUAAAUA